AUGCAUGUGCCUUAUCCUGGUGCACAUCAUGCAAUUGAUGAUCCUUCAACUUUAUUAGUUACAUUUUCACCUGCUUUAGGUAGUGGUAAGUAUCAAUAUUUUGGCUGCCCAUCAUUUCCAGUUGGUCUUCUAUCUUGUCAUCCUUCACUCGAACCUCCACAUGUACUACCAAGUUCAAUGAGUGGAUUUCAUGUUGCUCAUUUUGAAGCAACAAACGUUCUUCAACAUCUUAGUGCAGCAUUUUCAGCAACAUAUACAUCAAACACUUAUUGCUCCUCAUCAAAUUACUACUCAAUCAAUGACAGCAGGUUUAGCAACAGUUGCCCAAAGAUGAGUUUUAUAUAG